AUGGGUUCCACCCUCUCCUCGUGCAUCCAGCACCUCCCUCCCCUAGACGACCUCAUCCAUCCCACUCCCCAAACCUACGCCCUCAUCCUCACCAUCUUCCAAUACUUCCCAGCCAUCUCCCUAAUCCAAUGGCUCACCUCCUUCCACCCAGCCGGCAAAACCUCCCUCAAAUCCUCCCGAUUUAACCUCCCCGGCCGCUGGGCCUGGUUUCUCAUGGAAAUCAUCUCCCCCCUAAACCUCAUCUACCUGCUCUACUCCCUUCCCCAAAAACAUUCCCUCCAUGCUCUCCCCCUCCUAAAUAAACUCCUCGCUGCUCUGUUCACACUCCAUUACAUCAACCGCGCAAUCAUCUCCCCGUUCUUCGCCGCCCCGAGCAUGUCCCCCAUUCAUUUGGGGAUUGUGCUUUCGGCCGCGUUGUUCAAUUGGUUUAAUUCCGGGGGUUUGGCUGGGUGGUUACUUGGAUAUCAGCUUGAUACUUCUCCCAUUUCAGAUGGGGCUAUUCCGCCUGCUAGGGUUCGGGAGUUGAAAACGACAGUACUAGGAACGAUAGGAACGGGCCUUUUCAUCCUAGGCAUGGGAUGUAACAUCCAUUCAGAACGGACUUUGUUUCGACUAAGACGUGAAGAAGCCCUCCGCAGAGUGGAGAAGAAAUCUGACUCUACUACCACCACCAAGCAAACCCCCAAGGAGAAAAAAGAAGGAAACGAAAACAUCUACCAUAAAAUCUACACCAUCCCGCCACCGACCGGCCUCUUCAGAACAAUUCUCUACCCGCAUUAUGUAUUCGAGUGGAUUGAGUGGAUUGGGUUUGCCGUGCUGGGGACGCUUGUUACUUCUUCUUAUACACCUAUCAUUACACCCGGGUCUAUGGGGAUGGGGAUGGGGAUGGGUAAACCGGAACUGCAUCUCGCGCCGUGGCUUAUCCCUGCUGCGAGGGUAACGAGGUACUUGGGCGUGGGGUUUCCUGUCCCGGCGGUGGUGUUUGUGGUGAAUGCGGUCACGAAUAUGUUGCCUCAUGCGAGGUGGGGGAGGAGGUGGUAUGUUGAACGGUUUGGGGAGGAGAGGGUUAUGGGGAGGGGGGCGGUGGUGCCGUUUUGUUCUUGGUUGUAG